CUUUUCUUUUUUUAUUUAUUUUUAAUAGUUCAUCAUGCAUAGAAAGGCCUCUCUGUUGGCCCUUUUUGCCCUCAUUUUCACAUUAUUCAUUAGUUCAUAUACUGUUAAAGCUGACGAACAAGAAUCUUAUGGAACAGUCAUUGGUAUUGAUUUGGGUACAACUUAUUCUUGUGUUGCCGUUCAAAAGAAUGGACGUGUAGAAAUUAUUGCAAACGAUCAAGGUCACCGUAUUACUCCCUCCUAUGUUGCCUUUACAGACGAUGAACGUUUGAUUGGUGAUGCCGCCAAGAACCAAUACUCUGCUAACCCUAAGCGUACUGUCUUUGAUGCCAAGCGUCUCAUUGGUCGUCGUUUCGAUGAUAAGGAAGUUCAACAAGAUAUGAAGCACUUCCCCUUCGACGUUGUCAACAAGAAUGGUGCCCCUCACAUCAAGGUUGCUGUCAAGGGUGAAGACAGAAUUUUCACUCCUGAAGAAAUUUCUGGUAUGGUUUUGACAAAGAUGAAGGAAACUGCUGAAGCUUACCUCGGUAAGCCUGUUACUCAUGCUGUUGUCACCGUUCCUGCCUACUUCAACGACGCCCAACGUCAAGCCACCAAGGAUGCCGGUACUAUUGCUGGUUUGAAGAUCCUUCGUAUUGUCAAUGAACCUACUGCCGCUGCUAUUGCCUACGGUUUGGAUAAGAAUGACGGCGAAAAGAACGUCCUUGUUUAUGACUUGGGUGGUGGUACUUUUGAUGUCUCUCUCUUGUCUAUUGAAGAUGGUAUCUUUGAAGUCUUAGCUACUGCUGGUGACACUCACUUGGGUGGUGAAGAUUUCGAUGCUCGUAUCAUUGAUCACUUUGUCAAGCUCUGGAAGAAGAAGUACCCUGGAGAUGAUAUCACCAAGGAUCUCAAGUCUAUGAGUAAAUUGAAGCGUGAAGCUGAAAAUGCCAAGCGUGCUCUCUCUUCUCAAAUGUCUGUUCGUGUUGAAAUUGAAUCCUUGUUCAACGGCAAGGACUUUUCUGAAACCUUGACUCGUGCCAAGUUUGAAGAACUCAACAAUGACUUAUUCCGCAAAACUUUGAAACCCGUCGAACAAGUCCUCAAGGAUGCUGGUUUGAGCAAGGAUCAAGUUGAUGAUAUUGUCCUCGUUCAAAAACUCCUUCAAGACUUCUUCAAUGGUAAGAAGCCUUCCAAGGGUAUUAACCCUGAUGAAGCUGUUGCCUAUGGUGCUGCCGUCCAAGGCGGUAUUCUCUCUGGUGAAGAAGCCUCUGACAAGAUUGUCUUGUUGGAUGUCAACCCUUUGACCCUCGGUAUUGAAACCACUGGUGGUGUCAUGACCAAGUUGAUUCCCCGUAACACUGUUAUUCCUACCAAGAAGUCCCAAAUCUUCUCUACUGCUGCCGAUAACCAACCUACUGUCUUGAUCCAAGUCUUUGAAGGUGAACGUGCCUUGACCAAGGAUAACAACCUUCUCGGUAAGUUCGAGUUGUCUGGUAUUGCCCCUGCCCCUCGUGGUGUUCCUCAGAUUGAAGUCACCUUCGAAAUUGAUGCCAACGGUAUCUUGAAGGUCAGCGCUGCUGAUAAGGCUUCUGGUAAAUCCGAAUCUAUCACCAUUACCAAUGACAAAGGUCGUCUCUCUCAAGAAGAUAUUGAUCGUAUGGUCAAGGAAGCUGAAGAAUUCGCUGAAGAAGACAAGGCUAUCCGUGAACGUACUGAAUCCAAGAACAAGUUAGAAAACUAUAUCUAUACUAUCAAGAGUCAAUUGUCUGAUGAUGGUGUUCUCGCCAAGAAGAUUUCCGCUGAAGACAAGGAAGCUAUUGAAGAUGCUAUCAAGGACAAGCUCGCUUGGAUUGAUGAAAACCCUACUGCUCUUCGUGAAGACUAUGACGAAAAGCGUGAGGAAUUAGAAUCCGUUGUUAACCCCAUCACUACCAAGUUGUAUGCUGAUGGCUCCGCUGAAAGUAGCAAUGACUACGAAGAACCCUUAAGAGAUCAUGAUGAAUUGUAAAUCUUAAUUUCACACAUAAUUUAUAAAUAAAAAAUAGUACAUAUAAAGAUAUCUCUGUGCCACAAUUGCUCCCCCC